AUGGAUUACCAGGAUCAAUAUCAAAUCCCACCGAUUUAUGCCCAAGGUCUUAGCAACCCAGGGAUGUCUCAGCACGGCCAUAGCCUUGCUUUCUGUUCAAAGAUAGAUCAAGUCAAUGCUUUACCUUUGGCCUUCCUGUUCUCCAGCGCCGCAAAGGCCCAAGAGAUGUCCUAUAUCUGGUUGGACAACACUCAGGUUCUCACUAACGCAUCUAACAUGGUUGAGAUUUCAUGGCCAACUCUAGAAGCUGGCUUUGCUUCUCCAAGCCGCUCAGAUGCUGACUGGACAAAGCCGUACCCAGGAACCGCCCUGCCCAGGUUCACAGCACACUUACGCAUUGCUAACGACGUGCCAUUCCCAAGCUCAGUCACCAAAGAGAACGUCAUGACCAACGUAGCAGCUAUUUCAUACAGCGUGCCACCUUUACUUAUAGGUAGUAAUGGCUUCCCAAAUAGCAUGGAUUCUUCGUACACUGUCCCUGACCCAACACAAAACAUUAAACAUAACUAUUCAUUCCUCCCAACAGAAUGUCAACAAGAUCUAAAGAUCAGCUCUUGGGGAUCCUUUAAGAGCCAAACUAGGGCUAUAUGUAGCGCCAACGCUUUUGACCCUGUUGUUAAGAGCUGCCAGGAUACCCUUGGUCUUAUAAGAGCUAAUGUACUUACAAAAGUUUUUACUGUUGACGAGGUUGCCCAUACAGGUUUCAAUAACCCUCACAAUCAAACAUCAUACUAUGCUGCGUCCAACAGGACGUAUGUAGUAGUGACAGUCUUCGGGCACAGCGCUAAUAUCAGUAAUGCUGUGGAGCCGGUGGCGGAACUGGCCUGUCUCCGCCCAACCUGGAGCGUUCUGCCGACACCGACUAUUACUUCGGCUCGCAUCAGCAGCACCACCACUUCGGUAUCCAGAAAGACUAGCGCAGCUGCUUCUUCCAAGGCUACCAGCACCCAGUCGGCUUCUUCUUCGUCCACUAACGCUUCACCAACCUUGGUGAUUCAUUACAUUAGUAAGCUUCCAUUUCUUCUUCGUCAUAAUGAAGCAUUUGCAGGCUCCAAGGCUGUGCAAAACCUCUGCUUGGAAUCAGACAACAGAUCUUAUGCCCACGCUCACAACGCGCGUUUCAUCAUAAGCAACGUUGUGCCAGAGAUGCUAGCAGACAAUGACAAGCCAUACUGUAUCUGGUACCCGCACAUGGCAAAUAAGGAUACUUAUCACAACCUAGCAAAGCAGUACCCUGGAAUACAGUAUCUUGUUGGUCAGGCAUAUGCAGUUACAGGCUAUACCAAGCUCUACAGUAAGCUAGAUAUCCUUCCAGAAGUCUCAAUAGCAGAGGAAGCUAGGGACAACUUACACAACGAGGGUUCUAAAGCUAUUUUCGAUACUAUUAUAAGACAGCCCGUCUGCUAUCAAGUCCUUGAUGACUACAACCGGCGUCUUAACAUUGAUAGCCCAUCAUCACCAGCUUGGAUGAACGGCAAUGUAGCUGUGCAAUCAACGUUAAAUGGGCUACACUACUUCAAUAUCGCUGAAGACUACAACAUCAAUCAAGUCUCGUCAGAUACCACUAAUCACAAACCACUUGCCGCUAAAGAUCUUACACUCUUUCACACACCCCUAUUAUCACAUCUACCAACCACCAAUAAAGACGCGUUGAUUCUCAUGGCAGCUUACAAGGGCAACUUAGACCGCUACGUACGCCUUCGUAGGCCAGUAAUGCUCUACAAUGAGGCCAAAGCUAUUGUCCGCGGCAUAUAUCACAACACCACUUUUGCUAAGUGGUGGUCACUUCAAGAGCUCCAACCAGAUCAGUCCUUAAUUAAGGCUGCCUACAUAGCACGCUUUAUCAUGUACAAUAUGCCCUCCCUAAUCUGGUGGCCAUUGGUUCCAAGGGAGGCAACACUGAAAGAACUUACGCGCCUCCAGCCGGACAUGAAGUUACAGGAGCAGGCGCAUCAGCAGCAGAAUAAUAGCUGGCCUAGCAGCCCAAACCAGAACUACUUUGUCGACUACUUGGCAGAGUAUGCAAAGGAACUAGGUGUUAGCGUUCACAGAACAAACAAUGCCACCGACUGUCUAGACGCGGCGGUUCGCGACAAGGAGCCCACGACGUUGUGGCUGAGCACGUACGUCGCAGGGCGUCCCUAUGCACUGGUGAACUCCAAACCCAGUGGAAGCAUCUACCCAGGUGGUAGUCAGGCAAAGGCAGCUAAGUGGGAGUUACUGAUUUACUCAAGUGAGGAGCUGAGACAUAAGGCAGAGGAUAGCAAGUUCAUGCUAUACAACGAUUACGUGUUUUCAGAUAAAGAGUAA